AUGAAAUCUCCUCCUUCCACCAUCCUGAAGAAUUAUGUCAUUGUUGGUUCCUCCCAAAUCUCAGGACAAGCUGCCCUCUUCCAUCCCUCUGGCCAGAAAAGUUCAGAAGCCCAUGUCAGAGGACAGGUAACAACGCCAACCGGUUCCCCUCACCUGGCUGCCGUCCACCUGCCUUUACCUCCUAGCAGAGUCAUUGAAGAACUCCACAGGGCUCUGGCCACCAAACACCGGCAGGACAGCUUCCACGGAAGAGAAAGCAAAGGCUCUCCAAAAAAAAGAGUGGAUGUCUGUCCAUCCAGAACAUCUAGCAUUGAGCGCAACAAAGAAAAGGAGAACUCACUGAGUUACAGCAGUGAUUCAGAAAAUAAGCGGAACUCAGUUAAAGAGUCGGAUGAGAACAAAGAAAACAUGAUCAUGAACUCAGAGCUCAAGGAAGACUCUGUUUUUUAUCAGGAUGAGGAAGUUUUGAAUGACUCCGUUAUUUCUG